AUGAAAGUCGUUGCCGUCGCUCUAUGUGUAGCUCUGAUCGUGGCCGUGAUGGAAGCCCACCACCACUCCGGCACCCACCCUACCCGUCAUCCACGCCCACCACGUGGCGCCGGCUUCUCUCAUCCACCCCACGGCUCUCGCCCCACCGGCCACCCACGUCACCCACGCCACGCCGGCUCCCACCCCACCGGCCAUCCACAUCACAAGCCAACCUCGCCCAAGCCACGCGGUUUCGUCCAAAAGUUGAGAGAUUUGGUGCACUUGUAA